UUCUGGUGUUCCGUAGCUGUGCUGAUGGAGGGGGGGGGUGUCGGCUGAAGUAGACGGGUCGCUGUUUAAGUGGCGAGAAGACUAAGCCUCGAUGGGGGGGAUUAUGGGGGCGGGGAGCCUCCAUGAUCUGUCAGAGCUUAGUAACACAAUUAUCCCAGCGGCUCCGACAGCAGCAGCGACGAUGAUGAUGAUGAUGGUGGCGGAGGCAGAAGCAGCGUUUUCAUUAGUGUAAUGCCCAGAGACGCUCCGCUGUUAUUAUGUAUGCGUGACGCCAUCCCAGCUCCCAGCGACGGCGUGGCGGCUCGCCUCCCGCUCUGAGAAGCCAAAGGGACGUCGGUCCGUCAGCAGCGGCGGCGGCGGCGGUGAUGUCGCCGACCUCCGCUCUGGAUCCCAGCCUCGUUGCCAUGGAGAAGCGGAUGCUGUGAGGAGCGGAGACGGAGCAUCUGAUGAGUCAGACGAGACGAGACGAGAGGACGCGAGACGGACGCGCGGCAGCGGCGGUCUGAUGGAUGUUAGAGAUUUAAAAAAAAGAGAGAGAAGAUGAAGUUUAAGAAGUUCAUCACCAUCAUGCAGGCGGCCAUCGGGGUCGUUCCCCUCAACAAACGGGAGCUGAUGCCGCCCGGCAGGAAGCUGUGGAGACCCCCGGGGGACCAGAGUUGCUCUGACCAGACCAGUACUGACCUGCUCAAGUCCAGUCGUAAGUUCUGCUGGUCCAGAGAAGCCCAGUACUUGUAUCUUCGCCGCCUGUCGUCGAGGAGCUUCUCCGCCAUCACCAUGAACCCGGUCAUGGAGCAGACGGUGUGGGAGCAGUACACCGUGACCCUGCAGAGGGAUCCCAAAAUGGGUUUUGGGAUCGCGGUUUCAGGAGGACGGGACAACCCGAACGAGGAAACGGGCGAGACGUCCAUCGUGGUGUCGGACGUCCUGCAGGGCGGCCCGGCAGAUGGGAUGCUGUUUGAGAAGGACCGCGUGGUUCUGGUGAACAACACACCCAUGGAGGGAGCGCUGCACUCCUUCGCCGUUCAGACCCUCAGGAAAUGUGGCAAAACGGCCAAAAUCACGGUCAAGCGCCCCAAGAAGGUCCCGGUCAGUGUGAUGCCCGGCGCCGUCUCGCCCGAAGUCUUCAGCAAUGACAACUACAGCGACUACAACUACGACGCCGACCGCCACAGCAUGAUCAGCGGCCGCGACAACAGCCUGGAGCGCCGCGGCUACGGCGACUCUGGCUACCAGACCCGCGGUAGGAGCGCCGAGCGCGACCUGAGCCCCGACCGCGGCUACCGGCGCGACGGCAGCAGGGGCCGCACGCUGGACCGGGAGUACAGCCCCGAUCGGCCAGACCGCCGCUACCGCAGCGAUCGCGCCCUUGACCGGGAGUACAGCCCGGACCGCCCAGACCGCCGCUACCGCAGCGAUCGCGCCCUCGACCGGGACUACAGCCCCGAUCGGCGCUACCGCAGCGAUCGCGUCCCGAGCCCGGAGCCGCGCUACGGCCGGGACAGCUACAGCCCUGCCAGAGGCCACAGGCGCGACCCGAGCUACGAACGCGACCGAGACCAGAGGUACAACGAGCCGGUCCGGCGGACGGCGAGCAGAGACCGCCUGGACCGGUCGCCGUCGCCCUGCUCCCAUCCCGCUGCCCCGACCGGGCCGCGACCAGGAGCCGCUGGAGAAACCGUCAACGUGCUGCUGCUCAAGAACCAUCCCAACGAAGAGUACGGCCUGCGCCUGGGCAGCCAGCUCUUCAUCAAGGAGAUGACGAGCAGCGGCCUGGCCGGCAGAGACGGGAACCUGCAGGAGGGAGACAUCAUCCUGAAGAUCAACGGCACGGUGACGGAGAACCUCUCCCUCAGCGACGCCGGGAAGCUGAUCGAGAAGUCUCGCGGCCGGCUGCAGCUGGUGGUUCAGCGCGACCGCCGCCAGAUCCUGAUCCGCAUCCCGCCGAUGGUGGACAGCGACUCGGAGCUCGAUGAUAUCUCAGAGAUCGAGUCGUACCGCUCUUACUCUCCACAGGAGCGAGGUCAUCCCUCCGACCUUUCCUCACACUCGUCCAAUGAGAGGCUUCGAGACAAACCCAGAGACGAUCCUUCUAGCAGGAUGACAAAAAUGGGUGCGAUGCCGACGCCUCUCAAAAGUCUGGAGAGGCGUGAAGAUUCCUCCCCUUUGCCGCCAGAGAGGGACGAAACUCGAUCUGCGUCGCCGCCUGCAGCAGCAGCAGUCGCCCCAAGAGUUCGGGUUCCUCCAAAAGUCCCACUGAAGCCGAGCUUGGAGGACCAGGAAGUCUACGGCCCGAACACCAUCAUGGUGCGCUUCAAGAAGGGCGACAGCGUCGGGCUGCGGCUAGCCGGAGGGAACGACGUCGGCAUCUUCAUCGCCGGCGUUCAGGAGGACAGUCCGGCUGAGCAGGAGGGUCUUCGGACCGGAGAUCAUCUGACUUUCUGGUCUCCGUUUCAGGUGAACAACGUUGACUUCAGAGGGAUGGUGCGCGAAGACGCCGUGCUCUACCUGCUGGACGUUCCAAAAGGAGAAGACGUGACCAUCCUGGCUCAAAGCAAACCCGAAGUGUAUGAAGAUGUUCUGGCAUCCGGACGCGGCGACUCGUUCUACAUCAGAACCCACUUUGAGUACGAGAAGGAGGCGCCGCAGAGCCUCCCGUUCGAGGGGGAGAUCUUCAAGGUCAUCGACACGCUGUACGACGGCAAGCUGGGCCACUGGCUGGCCAUCCGCAUGGACCAGGACAGCCAGGCACCCGAAGUGAAAAAGGGAAUCAUCCCCAACAAGAGCAGAGCUGAUCAAAUGGCCAACGUGCAGAACGCUGCCAGAGCGGCGUCAGGCAACGACAGAGGAGACUUCUGGAGGCUCAGAGGUCAAAGGGCGGGGAAGAAGAAAGACCUGCGGAAGAGCCGAGAGGACCUGAGCACCGCGCCGGUCGCCACCAAGUUCCCCGCCUACGAGAGAGUGGUGCUGCGAGAAGCUGGUUUCAGGAGGCCGGUGGUGAUAUUCGGCCCGAUUUCCGACGUCGUGAACGAGAAACUGGCCAACGACCUUCCCAACGAGUUUAUUAUUGCCAAAACCGAGCCCAAAGACGCUGGAAGUGAGAAAUCGUCUGGAGUGGUGAGACUGAACACCAUCAGACAAAUCAUCGAGCAGGACCUCCACGCACUGCUGGACGUCACUCCCAAAGCCGUGGACACGCUGAACUACACCCAGUGGUAUCCCAUCGUGGUGUUCCUGAACCCGGACAGCAAGCAGGGCGUGAAAACCAUGAGGAGCCGCCUGAUCCCCGGAUCCAACCGCAGCGCGCGGAAACUCUACGAACAGGCGGUCCGGCUGAAGAAGACCUGCUCCCACCUCUUCACCGCCACCAUCGACCUGAACUCGUCGAAUGACGCCUGGUACGGCAGCGUGAAAGAGUCGAUCCGGGAGCAGCAGCAGAAAGCGGUGUGGGUGUCGGAGGGGAAGAUGGACGGGUCGGAGGAGGACCUGGACCUGCAGGACGACCGCAUGUCCUACCUGUCGGCCAUGAGCGCCGACUACCUGAGCAUGGACAGCCGCCUCACCAGCGACUAUGACGACACGGCGGACGAGGGCGGGGCUUACACCGACAACGAGCUGGACGAGACGCUGGACGACCCGACGCCCGUCUCCGCCAUCAGCAGGUCGUCGGAGCCCGUCCUGCCGGAGGAGCCGCGCCGCGCCAAGAGGCACGGGAGCCGCGAGGUUCUGAACCGGGACCCCAGCCCGCCGCCUUCGUUUGUUCCAGAACCACCCAAGGUCCGCGCUCAGGCCCGGACCGACUCGGUGCGCAGCUACGAGUCCCAGUCCAGCAGCACCAUCAGCAGCAUCGACGCGGCGGCCGCCAGCAGGCCGGCUCCCCCGCCGGUGGCCUCGAAGCCCAACGUCGCCCGCCUCCACCAAACCUCAGAGGAGCAGGCGCCGGCGAACCAGCAGGAGGAGGAAGACCCCGCCAACAAGUCCUUCCUGGGAAAGAUCAAAGCUUUUGAGAAGAUGGACCAUCUGGCCCGAGCGCAGCGUCUUCUGGAGCUGCAGGAGGCGGAAAAAGCUCGAUUGGAAAUCGCCCAGAAGCAUCCAGACAUCUACGCCGUCCCAGUGAAGCUGCCAAAGACCAACCAGAACCGGCCCCAGCCAAUCGGCUCGAACGCCGAGCCGCAGACAACGUCCCGGCCCACGUACUCGGAGACAAGAGGAAACGAGGACACCGAGGCGGAGUACCGCCGCCAGCUGGCAGACCAGACCCGGAGGGGAUACUACAACCCUCAGAAGUACAAGGACACCGAGCUGUGAGGCUCCGAACAGGAAGUGAGGUCGUUCACCAGCUUCUGUCGCUCUCUGAACUUCUUCUUUCUCACAUCUUGGCUCCGAGUCCAGACUCUCUUCAAGCUGGCGGCGGCGGCGUUAACCGCCACAGAGGAAGAAAUGUUGGUCCUGAUUUCCAGAGACGAAAUGUUCAGUUUGGGUUUAACAGCCUCCGUGUUUCACUGGCGAGUCCAGAGUUUCUGAAUCCGAUCCAUCACAAAUAUCAAGCAGAAGUCCUAACUUUAAUUCUUUUUUUUUUCCUCCAAGCAGCAGAUUUUCUGCUGGUUUGGUUAAUAUUCAUCCAGAGUUUCUGAAGGUCUUUAAAAGCUGCAGGAACCAUAAAAGUUCCUGGAAUGUUUUCCUUCCAGUAAAUUUUCACCAGAGCUGCUACCUGGUCCUGCAAGGUGAGAGAUUUAAAAACAUGUUCCACCAAUAAGAAAGUUUUAUUUCUAUCUAAAUAUCCAAACAGAAAAAAACAAAAUAAACAAUUGUUUUUGUCUUAAAACAGGAUUUUAUGAUAGAUUCUUAAACUAAUUCUUAUUAUUCACCAAAUGAAUCUUUUUUGUUUUUUUCAGCAAUAAACAUGAAAUAAUUGAACCCAGAUUCUAAAAACUGAAACAGAACUGGUCCAAUUGAGUCCUGGAAACCAAACAAAGCGAUGAAACUAUUGUUUUGGUUACAGUUUAGCGUGGAGGACUUUACCUAUGUUACAAAGAAUAACCGCUGUUUUAUUUUAUUGCUGAAAAUCACAAAUCUUAUUUUUGCAGUUGUGGCUUUUUUCCAGGUUUCUGCAGAUGACUUAAAAUCUUGUUUGAUACCACAAAAUUUGAAUGACUUUGCUUUGCUUGUGAACUAUAACUGCUUUGGAACUGAGCUGCAAGAGUUUGACUUCAGUUUUUAUUCGCACUUUGACCUCAGCUGCUGUCAGGGUGAAUAAAAUAAUCAUGUUUUUGCUGCUAGAACCAUUUUCUGUCCGUUAAUCUGGAAAAAAGAGUCCAAAGAAACACUUCAGACCUUCAGAAAUUGUGGCGAAUUAUUGAUUAAAUUAUUCAGUUUAGAAAAUCUGGAUGCCUUGAAAGAAAUGAGGAAAAACUAGAGACUUUUGUACAGAAUUAUUUAUGUAAUUUCAGCAUAUUUAAGUGUCGAAGAAUAAGUAAACUGAUAAAAUAUUUACCGUCUCGUGUCACAAUUGAAGAAGAAAUCAUUCCCCUAAAAACAGAGUUUAAUAACGAUCAGAGGAAAAGCUGUAAAGUAGUUUUUUUUUGGCUUCACUUCUGCAGCAGCUUCUUGAUUUCCAGAAUAAAACCCGAUUUGCUGGAGGAGAAGUUGCAUUCUGGGUAGCAGAAACUGCUGCGGUGCCUUUCGACUCCUGAUUCUGGCUGGGAAACGAAGCUGCUGUCAAAUUCAGAGGCUGGACGGAAAACAUGGAAGCAUUUUGGGUUUCCUGUUAAAAACUAAAACUUUUAAGCAGACGUCAUUCCUGCGAGCCGUUUUACGGCCGUUCUAGAUGGAAAGAAAAAGGAAGUAAAUGUCUGCCUGAAAUUUUGAGAAUUUUUAGAAAAUUUAUAGAAAAUAAGAAAAUUUCUGAGAUCUGAAGGUCAAAAAGUUGAGAAAAAAUUUAUAAAUUUUGGUAAUUUUCUUGAAAAAAAAAAGGAAACUUUCUUCUUUUCAAACUCUGAAAACUUCCAAAAGUUUUUUUUUUCACU